AGGGCGCUGCAAAUUGCUCAGCCACGUAAGUCAGGAUCGUAUUUUUAUUCUGUAUUAAAUAAAAUUACUUCAAUUUGCCUUAUUUCUGAACAUGUGAGAAUGGUAUAACUGAACAAAAGUGCGUGUGCUGUUUCUUAGUGCCUAGAAUUAGUUCUGACUACGAUUGACAAAUCAUGUCCAACUUACCACCAAAUCCGUACAACAAUAUCCCAGGACCGCCCCAAGCUAACGCGCAAGGUGGGCCGCAAAUGUUCACCCAAAAUCAACAAUUUGGGCAAGUGCCUCAGAGCCAGUUGCCACCAGGAUAUGCAGGACUGAAACAAGAUGCCAAUUCGAACAGCCCUCUUCAUUUACCAGCAUCUACGCCUCAGAAUAGUGUUCUACACAGUGUAAACAAUUACAAUCAAAGUGGAAGCAACUCACCAGCCUUCAACCAGCCAGGAAUGUUGCCACCCCAACCGAUUGGCUUCCAGUCAUCUCCCAAUCGUCCCCCCCUGGGCAAGCCAAUUACAGGUGUGCCAAACCCCAAUCCUUUGCCUCCUCUCUCCUCAGCUAACCAAAGUUCGGUCUCCAAUGCUAAUUCUUCUCCUUAUCCACCCAACUUCAACCAGAUGCAGAGGCAAAUUAAUGACAAUGCAUCACCUCUUGUUCCUUCUAGUCAAUAUAAUCAACCUCUCAUGAAUGGUCCACCUACUGGGCCUCCUAAACCACCUAUGCCUCCAACCUCGAGUCCAUAUCCAGCUACUUCUAAUGCUUUUAGUCCACCACCAAUGGGGAUGAGGCCACCCAGUGGAGGCCCUGGCUAUGGACCAGGGGUGGUCAGUCCGCCUAUACAGCAAGGGCUGCCUGUUCAGCAAGGUCCACCUGCACCUAUUCCUUCAAAACUUCCUGGCCCACAGCCUGGCCUUUUAACCAGUCAACCUAAUGUACCAUUUUCUGGUCCACCCAGAAAUAGCCCUCUCAUGACUGCGCCCCUUCCCACUGGGACAGCCUUCAAUGGUCCACCGUUGGCCAAUACUGCGGGUGGACCUUAUGCUUCACUUCCACCAAGAAUAGGUCAGGUCAAUGGACCAGGUACAGCUAGUAUGAAUCCUUCACCCCUACCAUCUACUUCUGGACCGAGAGUAAAUCCAGUACUUCCGCCUCCUACUAUGGGAGCACCACCAAGGAAUGGUCCAGGGCCUGGACAGACUAUGCCUAACCCUGGCCUCAUGGGGAACCCUGGCAUGUUAAGUGGACCACAAGGUUUGCCUGCUGUCCCACAAACCCUGGCAGCGGGCCCUCAGAGCUUACCACCGCUACCAGCUGUUCCAAUGGGACAACAAAUGGGGCCUCCAAUGUCGGUCCCAGCUGGCCCUCCUAGUGGACCGAUGAGUGGGCCUCCUAAAAGUAAUAUGCAGGGUCGCUACCCCCAAAUGCCACAGAGUAAUUAUGCCAACAAUCAACCACCUAUGCCACCUCAACCGGUGAUGGGACAGCAAUAUCCACAACAGUAUGGACCCCAGGCGUUGACCCAGCAGAUGGGGCAGCUGAGCGUGACGAAGCAAGGCUUUGACCAACUCUGGGGUCACCAAAUGAUAGACCUGCUGCAAUGCAGGCACAUUCUUCCUGAUUACCCCGAAGACCCACCAGAAAUAAGACUUGGCCACCAAUUUGCGGAUGCUCCGAAUUGCAGUCCUGAUAUCUUUAGGUGUACUAUAAACCGUAUACCGGAGACUAACAGUUUGCUGCAGAAAUCGAGACUUCCCCUCGGAAUACUCAUCCAUCCAUUCAAGGACUUGAAUCACCUGCCAGUGAUCCAGUGCGCGACGAUCGUCCGCUGCCGCGCGUGUCGCACAUACAUCAACCCCUUCGUGUAUUUCGUGGACGGGAAGCGGUGGAAGUGCAACCUCUGCUUCAGGGUCAAUGACC